AUGCCCGAGGCUAGGGCGAAAAUGAAUUGGAGAAUUGGAGGCCUACUAGGCAAGAUCGCGAUAGUAACUGGUAUCGGUCAGGAUGGACCUGCAGACAUUACAGACAACUGGGGAAAUGGCGCUGGAAUAGCUCUGGCGUUGACUCGAAACGGCGCCCAGGUGUUUGGAUGCGAUAUCAAGCUUGAUGCCGCCCAGCGAACCAAAUCUCGAAUUGAUGCCGCGGUACCCGAUGCCAAAGUCGAAGUUAUGAAAGCAGACGUCACGUCAUCCUCAUCCGUGGACAGGUUUGUGCAGGAAUGCCUCAACAAGCACGGUCGAAUCGACAUUCUCGUCAACAACGUUGGCAAGAGCGAGAAAGGAGGCCCCGGCAGACAUGAUUGA